AUGGCUACGCAGUUAAGCAGCGGAAUAAUCAAAAUACUCUGUGAAGACAUAAAACCAAUCGUUCAGAUCAUUCAAUUGGAAAAAAGCGAAGAAGGAUUGAUUAAAAUAAAGAUUUCCGAUGGCAUAAACACCAUGCCCGCUCUCCUGGCCAAAUCAUACAGGUAUUUGGUGGAGGAUGAUGGCCUCCAGAUAAACACCAUAAUCAGAAUACAGGAAUACAGUCGCACUUUACUAUGUCCUAGAUUGCUUGUAAUUAACGAGUUGGAUAUUGUUGUGUUUAACGCGAAGUUGAUAGGAAAUCCAGUCAACUUGUGCGGAAUUCGGCAUACAGAAAGAAUUGAGUCCUUCGAGGAAGAUGCUCAAAAUAGUCAAGUGGUAACAUCUGUGGAACCCAUCAAGGCCGAAAAAAUUGAUCAAAAGGUUACCCCCGUUGAAAACCCUGAAUCUCAAAGUACUCAAGCGGUUACACCUGCUAUAAGUCCUCAGACGGACAAAUCUACUCAAAAUAUCCAAAUCGUCAAACCAGCGGCCGAAAAAAAUAUCCAACCCAUUAAAACUGAAUAUCGUUCGUUCGAGGACGCUCUCAAACUUUUAAAAAUUAGUAAUAAAAAAGUUAGGAGGGUAGACUUAUUCAAUAGCAUUGGAAUUAACCAAGCCGAUUGGACGAUCAAAGCAAAAUUCGUACAAAAAGGGAAAGGUUAUGCGUACAAUCCAGGAGAAGGGGUUAUAUUUAGUCUUAUUUUAGAGCAUAAUUCGGGCCAGAUCAAAGCUAAAGCUUUCCGAACCCAAGCAAACAUCGAGUACUCGAAAGUCGAACUCGGUAAGACAUAUAUGGUUUCUGGAGCUUACGUCAAAUCAAGUUACGAUUAUAGCCCGGACAGACCUGUAGAACUAAUUCUUGAGUGCGGAACCGAAGUCAAACAAUGCAAGAAUAAAUAA